AUGUAUAGAUAUAAAGAAUUGUAUGAAUUAGAACCAGAUUUUAAACCAGAAAAUGCAGAAAAAUUUAGACUCAUGCCAUCAGAAGAAUUAUUAAACGAAACUAUUAAAUCAUUAGAAUCAAAAAAUCAUAAAGUAUUAUUGGUAGAUAAUGAAGAAACUGCAUUGGAAGAAAUUAAAAAGAUGAUACCAGACAAAAGCACAGUUAUGGGUGCAGGUAGUGUAACACUCGAUGAAAUUGGAUUCAAAUCAUAUUACUUUUCCGAUAACCAUAAAUGGGAUAAUUUACACAAGAAAAUCUUUGCAGAAACUGAUUCUGGAAAACAAAUUAUUCUUAGAAAACAUGCGUUGGCAUGCGACUACUUCCUUAGUUCUGUAGGAGCUAUAUCAAAACAAGGUGAUCUUUUUGUGGCCGACGCUUCCGGUACACGUGUUGGGGGUUUCACAGCCGCAAAUAACCUAAUUGUUGUUGCUGGUCUUAAUAAAAUCGUUGAAUCUGAAUCCGAUGGUGUUAAAAGAGCUACUGGUUUCUGUUACCAAUGUGAAUCUGUUAGGGCUAGAAAAGCUUACCCUGGUGUAGCCGGUAGUAUCGUUCAAAAUUUUGCUCAAAUUAAAUUUGGUAAUGCUAUGGGACCAAAAAGAAACACAACUAUUAUUUUAAUUAAAAAAAUUUUAGGUUAUUAA